AGUACUCCAAGUCCUUCUCAAGCUCUCCUCGCGUUGCCGAAACCGGUGAGCCGCCAGCGCCCGAGUACACCACCUGCAGCUGCACGAGGGUCACGCCGCGCCGGCGACGCGACGGGCGCAGAACCACCGCAUCGGUCACGCCGUCGACGCGCGACUCCCACCGCAGGUCAACAAGCAGCCAUGGCGCCCAAGAAGCGCAAGUCCGCGGCCAAGACCAAGACCGCGACGAAGAAGAAGGCCGCGUCUCCGAAACAACCCAAAAAAGCCGCCUCCCCGAAGAAGAAGAAGGGCGGCGCCUUGGACUUCGACGUCUACGCCGACGCCGACGAGGGCGUCGUGACCUUCGAGGGCCUCGCGCAGCUCGCCGACGACCUCGGGAUCGACCCCUCGUCGGACACGAAGCUCCUGGCGAUGUGCUGGCGCCUCGGCGCCGAGAAGCCCGGGUGCCUGUCCAAGGAGGAGUGGGCCCGGUUCGCGGAGAACCGCCACCUCCCGACCUACGGCAAGGCGCAAACGGUGAGCGUGCUCAAGGCGGGAUGGAAUUCUCUAGAUCCGAACUUCUUGGACAAUUCGGAGUUCAAGCCCUUCUUCCGCUUCUGCUUCGAGUUCAAUCGCGAGGGGACGAAGCGCUUUUUGGAGCGGGACACGGCGCUAGCUUUAUUACCUUUAUGUGUGGAAGAUAGAUCGCGGCACACGCAGCUCUUCCUCGAGUUCCUCGGCACCAAACCCGAGGACUUCAAGCUCAACCGGGACCAGUGGUGCUCCUUCCUCGACUUUAGCUUGGCCGUCGGCGAGGCGCCCGAAUUCUCAGGCUGGGACGCGGAGGAGUCGUCCUGGCCGAUCCUGCUCGACGAGUUCGUGGAAUUCUGCCAGGCGAAGCUCAAGGAGUCGUAG